AUGCCAGCCCCUGUUCAAGUCGCCUUCAAGCCUUUGAAUAAGCCCGAGGUUGGUGACAAUGGCUAUGUCGAACAGACAAUUGGCAAGACAGAAGUCCUGAAGAAGGGCUCUGCACCCUUCAACGCCAGAACGUUAGACUCUGAUAUCCGCAUCGACCACGAUGUGGAAGUUGUCGUUCGCGAUGGCUGCCGUCUGUACGUCGACAUAUACAGGCCGACGGGCUCAGAGAAGGUGCCCGUCAUCGUCUCUUGGUCUCCUUACGGAAAGAAGUACUCGGCCAUUGACAUGAUCUUCAACGUCUGUGUCUGGGCCUGCUGCCUGACUAAGGAUGAUGUCAGUGGUUUGGAGAAGUUCGAGGGUCUGGACCCUGCCUGGUGGGUGAACCAAGGCUAUGCUAUCGCCCACGUUGAUGCACGAGGUGCUGGAAACAGUGACGGCGAUGCAGUCUGCAUGGGAUCCCAGGAAGCAGAGGAUGCCCACGAUGUUAUUGAGGCCCUUGCCAAGCUUGAUUGGUGCAAUGGCAACGUGGGAAUGGCAGGAAAUUCGUAUUUAGCCAUUAUGCAAUGGCAAGCUGCUGCCCAGAACCCACCAUCACUCAAGGCUAUUGCACCCUGGGAGGGGUCUGGAGAUAUCUACCGAGAGCAGUUUUGUAGAGGUGGAUGGUUUACUAUGAGUAACUUUGAUCUUAUCACAACUCUGGUCAUCAAGGGUCAGCAUGGCGUGGAAGAUUUCGCCGAAAUGCACAGACGCAGCCCCCAGGCCAACGCUUACUGGAACGACAAGCGCGUGGACUUCAGCAAGAUCAACAUCCCUACCUUUAUUACCGGCUCCGAUCUCAGUCAGAUUCACACUAUGGGUGCAGUGAGAGGCUGGAUGGAGCUAGCCAGUGAGAAGAAAUGGUUGCGUUGGGAUGGUUAUCAGGAGUGGUUUGAGCUGUAUGGCGUCAAGGAAAGCUAUCUUGAGCUCAAGAAAUUCUUUGACAAGUACCUGAAGGGUAUUGACAACGACUGGGAAGACACACCUCGAGUCCGCUGGACAACACUUCAGUUUGACGAAGGAAAGGUUAAGAGUAACAUCGAGCUUCCUGACUUCCCAGUCCCCAACACCGACUAUCGUUCAUUCUACUUGGGAGAUAGCGCGCUGCUCGACUCUGCGCCGUCUUCUGGUGUGUCAACAUACAACUCCGAGGAUCGUUGGUCCAUUGCCAAGUUCAAGUACACAUUCGACAAGCACACACGAAUCAUUGGAAUGCCCAAGGCAGAGCUCUACAUGAGCUGUGACGAUGACGAUGAUAUGGUUGUUUUCUGUCAAGUGCGCAAGCUCGACAAGUCCGGCAAGGAACUGAGCCAUCUUCAGUUCCCCAUAGAAAAGACACCUGUGAAAGCAAUCUCGGAAAUGGCCGAGAAGGAAAAGCAGAGUCUUACGCUACAUAACGGAGCCAUGGGUAUUCUACGGGCCUCUCAACGGAAGAUUGAUGCUAACAAGUCGAUCCACCCCCAAUUCCCUUUCCAUCCUCACGAUGAGGUGCAAAAGGUUCCCAAGGGUGAGAUUGUCAAGCUUGAGAUCGGCAUUUGGUGCAUGGGUGUAGACUACGAGGCUGGCGAGAGCCUGCAGUUGGAUAUUCUGGGACAAUACCCCGGAUUCAAUGAGGUUGCUGCGUUUUCCAAGCCCAGGCCCGACCACGAGAAGAACAAGGGCCAGCACAAGAUUCACUACGGCAGGGAUUACCCCAGCAGACUUAUCCUGCCUAUUGUUUAG